CACGUGUCGACGCGCGCGGGUGCGAGUGUGCGGGUGCGAGUGCCACAGCGAGCCGCCCCAACAAGCAUGAUCUAGUGCCGUGAACGGUCAUCUAUGUGAUCCGGCGAGAACGGGACGCGGAUCGGGAGCAGCUGCAGGCCGGAUUUCUUGAACGCAACAGAUCGAGGAAAGAAUGAACCAUGUCCCAGAUACCCUCCCCGCGUCUCCGACACUACAGAACCAUGACAGCCAUCUGCUUCGUGUGCAACCUGCCAAUCCUGUCGCACCAGGUGGGUCUGGUGUGGCAGGGCGGCAACGGAUGGGACGAUCUCGUCCGCGAGCAGCUCGAAGAGUCCACCAUCAAACAAAGAUUGGGCGGCAGACGCGACUCCUCGACCCAAAUAUGCAGCAUCUCGCCGCCGACCGAGACCCAGGAAUCAUCGCCUCCCGCCACAGGUGGCACUCGUCGUAGACGCAGCUCCCUCGCCCAGCUGACGGACAUCUUAAGAGAUUGGAGCGGUUCGUCGAAAAAACAACAGAAGCAACUAUGCCGUCGCGAAACGCUGGCGGAUCUGGCCCGUUCCUUGCCGUGGGGUCGACAAACGACGACGGAGCAGGGACCCACACCUUCGAUUACCACAACCAGAAAACGGCGGGAGUCGAGCGCCGACUCCGGUAUCCGUUCAAUGGGCUCGAAGUCGAGGAGGGACUCAGCUACAAACGCGUUAUCCGACUUCCGAUCAGAGGUGGCGAAGCUAUGGAGGAGAGACACCACCACAACGGUUUUGAGCCCAAAUUCGAAUCGAAGGGGCAGCGGCGAAUCCAGCAAAAGCGGAAGGAGGGAUUCGACAUCACAUUCGUAUGGGACAUCCAGAAGAGGUAGCGGGGAAAGUGGACGAAGCGGCAGAAGGGAUUCUAGCUCUAUUACUCCGCCACCGCCCAAAAUUGUCUCAGCGCAUAAGAAACGAAGGGAUUCCAGGCCGAAGAACGAAGCUGGUACCACUCUAGAAACGGGUUACUACCGUCAGGAUCAGCGACCUUCAACCUCUUCCACCGCUUCUGAUUCCGUACCUCCAACUCUACCAAUAACAAUAGUGCCAACGACAGUUGAAUGCAGCACUCAGGCACUUCCUCCCCCGACAAUCAUUAUGUCCAGCGUUACUCCGCCAUCUACGUCCCCGACGGUGCCUUCACCGAGCGCCCCAACUCUACCUUUACCAACGAUGCCGUCAAAUACCACGACGACAGCAACAUCCCCACAACCCACGUCGCAAGCCACCACACCUACCCAUCCAUUAUUGAGCACUAGAAGGGACUCAACCACGCAGUGUGGCCGAUUGGGCAGAAGAGAUUCGAGGAGCCACGCCAGUCCGGAGAGGAGCAAAUUGUCCAGAUUGCAAAGACAAAAUACCGCAUACGACGAGAGUUGUCUGCCACCAGGUGGAUGGAGUAGAAGGGGUUCACAACCCACAGCUUUGAGCCCGGACGUCGAUGACACCGGCAGGAAAGCAAGACGGGAUUCCCUUAGCCCAGAUUCCGCCUCCAGGGGCCGCAGAGACUCCAGGUCUCACCUCAGUCCAGACCGAUCCGGAGAAAGAGAUAUAAGUCCGGUGCGUCGCGGCCGGAGAACGCUGCGCCGUCAGUCGACGAGCGUGGCCCAGAGAGGUGGUCCAGGUGGGGGUCAUGGAGGUCGGUCGCCGGAUUCUUCCAGCUGCUCGAGUCGCGAUCCGUCGCCCUGCAACAGAGGUGGUGGACCACCACCCACCAACGAGAACUAUCGCCCUGCCAUCCGAAGACAAUCGACCACCGAGGAGAUUUUAAUCGCCAGGGGGUUUCGCAGACAAUCCACCACUGAAGAAAUGAUUCGGUGUCGCAAUUUCCGUCGUCAGAGCUCGCAAAGCGACGACUGUCAAAGAUACAGGGGGCGACGUGAUUCGAGCGCCCAGAUCUUGGACGGCACAAUUGCUUCGAUGACCGUGGAAACUUCCAGUACGUUUUUUGAUUCAAGUACACAAACAGAGCCUUCACCGCUGUACGACAACAACCACUACCACGAAGAAUGCCUGCGUUGCAACUCGUGCGGCCUCAACCUGACCGGGCCGAAUCAGAAGCGGGCGCGGCGCUUCAAGAACCAGAUACUGUGCGAUCUGCACUUCGCCGACGUCGCGCUCAUGGAGUGCUCCGACUUCAUGCAGCAGCUGCGCAGCUUCAAGCCGCAGUCGUUGGGAUGCGCGGUAGCGAGGCGCAAAUCGUCCACGACGCUCAUCUUUCCCCUGCCCCCGCAAGCUUGUUCAGAUGAGUUCUGCGAGGAGUUCCCGCACAACUUCAUCCCGACACCGGGCUACUGGAUCGAGUGUUCGAGACAGAAGAUCGCCUCGGACACGAUCUGGGAUGAGUCCGAGUCGGAUCACGAGAUCCAAGAGGGCGACGAGGAGGAUCACACCGACGGGACGGAGGAGAACGGUUUGAUAGCGCGCAGGAAGGAACGGAGUUGCGACGAUUUGUACGAGGACGACGAGGACGACGACGAUUCGUCGCUUCCCAGGAAGAAGACGACGAUCGAGGAACAGUGGGAGAAGAAUCAAGGUUUCGAGCUGACUAGCGUCGAACAGGAGACGUACGAGAAGUACUUUUACGGCACUGAACACUGGAAUUACUUCACCAAUGACGAGGAUCUGGGGCCGGUAAUUCUGUCCAUAAAGCAGGAAACGCUCAACGGGAGAGACCAGUUCAGGAUUUUGGUCAGGGCGAUCAGUUACACAGUCCACGGAUUAAUACCUGCAAGUUGCGUGUUCGCCGAUCGGUACAACAGAGAAGAAGUGGUACGUUCGUUGGGCAAGGAGGUAAACAUCAAUCCGCCCCUGAUCCUCGGCCAACUUCCCGACACACCUGAGGAGUUGCUCAAACUGGACCAGGUGUUUAUAAAAUCGGAGCUGAAAGUUGGAGUGAUUUAUGUUAAAGAAGGACAAUACACGGAGGAAGAAAUCUUAGACAAUAACGACAAUUCUUUCAUGUUCGACGAAUUUCUGCAGAUUAUGGGCGAAAAAAUUCGCCUGAAAGGCUUUGACAAAUACAAAGGCGGUCUGGACACAGUCCAUGAUUUGACUGGUCUGUAUUCGGUUUACACGAAUUGGAGAAACAUUGAGAUAAUGUUUCAUGUCAGCACGCUGUUGCCGUACGAGAAACACGACCCGCAAAAGUUACAGAGGAAAAGACACAUUGGAAACGAUAUUGUUUGCGUUGUGUUCCUGGAAGCCGACAAUACAUCCUUUUCCCCGGCUUGUAUAAAGAGCCACUUUUUACACACCUUUAUCCUUGUACGAACAUCGCCGCGAAUUAAACGAAAACCGACUAGAUACGAAGUCUCGGUAGUCACAAGGGACGAAGUCGGGGCGUACAAACCGUAUUUGUGGGAACAGAGCGUGUUCGACAAAGGUCCGAUGUUCAGAGAAUGGUUGUUGACUAAAAUAGUUAACGGAGAAAGGGCCAGUUAUUCGGCACCCAAGUUCGCAAGGAUGCAGGAACGAACCAGGUCUCAGAUGCUCGAGGAUAUCGUCGCCAAUUUGCAGAACCACGCCGAAACUGGACAGAUUCCAAAACCUUACCGAAGAGGAUCUUGGAGACCCAUAGGUCAUAUGCGUCCUUCGUCACCGCUGCUGGACAGUGUACGUGAUCAAUUUGAAGACUACGACCAAAUCGCCAAGGACUUCACGAAGAUGUUCCUCAACAACGAGGCGAACACCUUGCAGAACGCCCAACUGUUCGACGUCGUCUUCAUGGUGGGUCAGAGCAAACAGAAGGUUAAACUUGUGGGCGUGAGAGCUAUACUGGGUGUCCGAAGUAGGGUGUUCCAAGAGAUGUUAUAUGGGAUACAGACUGGUAAGUGGUUCGGUUCACCGCAGGUUCCUGUGGCGGAUAUACUCGCCAGACCAGUGCCCACGUUGAUGUCACCGCAGCAAAGCAGACCGAAGAGCAGCAACUUCCUGCAGGUGCCGGACAUCGAAUCGCCACGACCGAAGAGUGUUCCCAGUUCACCGAUGGUGAAACGGGCCUUCACCAGAUUAGGCACAAUCACUGCGGGCUGGGGACGGUCCAUCAGAAAGCACAAUGCACAAACUCUUUCCGCAGAAGACAAGAAGAAAUGGGCCAGCAGCCAUGACUGUUCUAAUAAGGAAAACAAGGAUAAGGAAGGUAAAGAUAAACCGUCUUUAAGUCAACUUCCAGUUCCCAGAUUAUCAGUCUGUGCAGACGCCCAAAAAGUGGACAGAGCAAAACUGGCACAAACUGAAUUCUCCAUCAUCGAAUUCGAUCCGGAAACCUUCAGAAUCUUGCUGGAUUAUCUGCACACCGGCUCAUGUCCUUUAACGUGCAUAACGAUCCCAGGAUUGAUUUGCGCCGCCGAACAUUAUGAUCUUCCCGAAUUGCUUCAAGCUUGUUUCCAUCAUGCGAAACAAUUCCUUAGAAUCGAAGUCGUGUGCAGUAUGUUGGUGUCACUUGAGAACUACUACUGGCGAUACACCUCAGCAUCGGAGUUGGUGAACAUGAUUCUGGCGUUCGUGGAAACCAGAGCGUACCAGCUGUUCCAACGCACCGAAUUCUUGAACCUGAGCGAAUCGAUGGUGCAGAUGAUAAUGUGCAGGAACUUGGAGGUGCCGGAGGUGAGGAAGUUCGAGGCCAUGUUGGCGUGGGCCAGACACAAAAUCCGCACAAAGACCUCCAGCAAGCUCGACGCUAAGCUCGAGUUCAAAUGCGUUAUGGAGAGACUGGCGAGGGAUUUGAAAUUAUAUAGGAUUUCCCCGCAGGAACUCAUCAAGGUUGUGCUGCCGUCGAAGGCCAUCAAGAACGAACGCAUCCUGGAGACGCUGAUGUUCCAGGCGAAUUCGGGCAUGUAUCGCAUCCAAGAUUCGUAUAUCAAGGAAUGCACGCAAAGACUGCAAAAACAGGAUUCCCGAUUCUCCGAAUGGGAGUCCUUCGACUACAGCAAUUAGACAAGCGCACGUAAAAUUAUUGACUUGAUCCUGUGCAAAAUUUUAUUAAGGGACAAUCUUUUCGUGUGGUUUUCUUGGCAAAAAAUUGAAUAUGUGCGUUGAUAUUAGAUGCCAUGACAUCCGGGAACAAGUGUACAUGUUUUAUAUAUAUACACAUACAUAUAUGAAUAUAUAACGUUAAAAACAAGUAAAUAAUAUUUAAAUAUUGGUGUAUUGCAGGACAAUCUGUUAUAAAAAAAAUACUAAAUGUUUGCCUUGUGUGUAAAGAUUUCGAAAAAACGCAGACACGGAAACCUCCUUUUAGGUCAAAAAAAUUAAAGUCAAUUCAAUGCAAAUAAUAAAAGUAAUCUGUUAAGUAAUUCAAUUGAAAAAAGAAUAAAAAUAUAAUUCAGAAAUUUAAGUACAAUUUAAGGUAAUAAUUAAUAAUCAAAACGUUAAAGAUAUGUUUUUUCAAAAAUAACAUAAAUAAACAAAAUUAGAACAUUAAAUUACAAAUAAAUAAUUCAUGUUGGAUUGGCUUUAACUUCUGAUUAUUGGAAUUAAUAUCCACCCUAUUAAACGUAAUCAUUAACUGUUAUAGUCCGAGUUAAUGGUCAGUUAGCUUCAGACUAUAACAGUUCUUGUUAACUGUCUACGCUUAUUAUACUAAAUAUUUAAUUCCCUUUAUUGUAUAAAAAAAUAAUAUACUCUGAAAGUUAUUGGAUAUUUCUAUAUAACUCGUAUUUAUUUAACAUUAACGUCAGUUUUUACAAGAAAGAACAAUUAGAACAAUGUGGAAUAAGCAGACCCUAUCGUUCCAACAGGAAUUGAAUUUAUGUAAAAUGCAUGGAAAUCAACAAGAACAACAUGUAAAUAAUCGUGCAACUCCUGAAUUUAAAAAAUUCUAUGCAUUUUACUUUGGUCGAGCUCAUUUACGUGCACACUUCCUUUUAAAAAACAGUGACGGUCAAAACUGAAACUGAUUUUUUUCUUUAAAUAUAUCACACCACGACAAUAUAAAUAAAUAAUUGAAUAAUAUUGAAUGAACAAGUCAGUUUUGACUGACUUUCGUUUUUUGGAUCAAUCACAUUCGGCAGGUUGUGUGGACCUUGUUCAUAUUAAAUAUAAUCUAGUAAAUAAAAUCCCAAGUUGGUCUUUGUAUUAUAUGUGUUCGAUGUUCUUGAUUGGAAUAAAAAGACACAAAGUCUCUGUGUUUUAAGACUAAAUAUAUUUUAACUACUUUAGAUAGCAAAAAAUGUUGACAUAUUUUGAUACUAAAUAAAUAAAAACAGAAAUAAACAAUGCUAAUGAUUUAUUUGACAAAAAAAACUAAUUCGUUUGUUGAGUAUUAUAAUGAGUGUCUUAUAAAUAGAUGAUAUAAGUAUAUAUACAUAAAAAAUAAAUACAUCGUUGUACAAUGUUCUAUGUUUGUUAAUAUGUUUGCUUUGUACCCAACAACUGUACAAAAAUUCUUUCAAUCUUUCCCUGUCGGAAUCCAAAUUAAUUAUGCGCAUACGAAACGGAUGCGAAUAUUUUCCUUGAAUUCCGACUACCAAAUAUGGAAAAAUGACACCUUCCGGUGAGUCUUUUUCUCCAAAGAAAUAUAUAGAAUCUGUGCCACAUUUGACUUAGUGCCACUUUUCUCUGCUGUGUUUCGAACAACUCGAGUACUCCUGUUGAUUCCUCCUACCUAAUGUAAUCAGUACCUUUUUGAAAAAUCAAUGUAUAAUUAUUAAAAAAAAAAAUAAUAAAUUAAAAUGACUGCUCGUCCGGAAGUGAUUUAGUUGUCGCCGCAUUAAACAGAAUUUAUUAAAACCGGGACCAAUUAAUGAAAGCUUGUUAAUUGGAAAUUAAGCGCAAAGAAUACCAUUAAAAUGGCGGGACGAUCCGGAUCACCACCGGACACGCGUUCUUAACACGUCGGCAAGUUAAAAAAAGUCGGUGGAUAAAUUUUGUGAUUAUAUUUAUCAUUUUUCCAAAACGACAAAAAAUUUAAAUGAUUAUCAAUAAAUUAUAUGAAAACAGAUCUGAAUUUAUUUAUGACUAUGAGUGAUACGUUAAUCUGUUAAUUCUGUUUGCUUGUACAGAUGUGGAGUGAAAAUCAUGUAUUUGAACUUAUAGGAACACCAAUUAUUGUGAAUGAAUAAAAUUUAUUGUAUGUUUUAUCAAUGUAUAAGUAAAUAGAAUAUUUAUUAUAUUCUAAAAGGAUAUUGUAUAUUUUAUUUGUCGCAUUAAAUUUUUUUAAGCGUU